AAGCACACCACCAAUAGCAGGGGAUUUUAGUAUAGACCUGCUUAAACCCUAGUGAUUGAUUUCCCCAGACAGUGAUCUCCCCGCCAAGAGAAACCCAACUGAAGAAAGGGAAAGAUGAAGAAAGGGAUUCACCCGCAGAUGCAAUGGAUAUCAUACGUGACGCAAAGCGGUCGUCUGAUGAAUGUGACGAUGACCAAGAUUCACCAGGUCGGUAAAGUUUACCACUUUCGAGCGAAGCGGCAGAUGGCACAAAGCAUCGGACAGAUUGCCAAGUUUAAGCGUCGGUAUGGUGAGAAGAAGGAAGAUGAGCCUGAAAAUAAAUGAAUUCAUUGAGGUGCUACUGCUUUGUUCUCGUACCUUUUUUUUUUCUUCCCGUGUUUCUCUCUAUUGGAGUUUGACACAUUGCUAUUUGUGCUCGUUGUUUUUAAUUUCCAUGUGGUACUUGAUCUCAUCUAUCCUUUUUUCUUGGAAUCCAGUGAGUUUAAUCGCUGUUAUGCUGUGUUUUUUGUUAGCUUGAAAUUGGUAAGAUAUUUUGAACUUUUUAGCUAUUAUGAUUACUUAAUAGCUUAAGACAAUGGCCUCACUGUUGAAAAUCGAAUUGGCAAUCUUAA